AUGGAGGUGCUGCUCUUUCAUGACCAGAGCUAUAUGAUCCACUAUGAGUACACAGUGUCUCUGAACACAACUCAGGACAGGAGCAAUGAGGAGCAGAGGGAACCAGAGUAUCUCUACAUCUGGACACACAGCAGCUGGCAGGACUGUACCGUCCAAUGUGGAGGAGGUGAGAGGAGGACAGUGGUUUCCUGUAUGAGGAUAGCCAAUAAAACCAUGGAGGUGGUCAACGAUAGCUACUGUCAACCUGAGAACCGACCACACCCCCAAGUACGACUCUGCAACUCACACCCCUGCCAGUACCGGUGGGUGACAGGAGAGUGGGGAUCCUGCUCUGUCACAUGUGGUAAAGGUCUUCAGCAGAGGGAGGUGGUUUGUGUAUACCACCUACAGAAUGGCUCACUCAUCCACACCAGGGACCUCUACUGUCAAGGAGGAAAACCUCCUGUUCUGCAGGGCUGUGAGGGCCGCCUCUGCCUCACCAUGUGGGAGGCUUCAGAGUGGUCCAAGUGUUCAUCAGACUGUGGUCAAGGUGUUCAUAGACGGACGGUGUGGUGUACAAAUCCUCAGGGUCUUUGUGAUCCUGUCUCUCAGCCCACUCAAGAGGAGCCCUGUAAGGACCACUCCAGGUGUUACGAAUGGAAGACUGGAGACUGGUCCAAGGUACACCCAUCUUGA